AUGGCGCCGUCGACACGCAUCGUUCCCCUUUUGCUUCUGUCUGCAGCUCUGUGCAGUCUAUCGGACGCUCUGCCGGUCCCGAGACGUCCUGUGGGAUUCACGCUGGGCAAUGGCAGCGCAAACGCUGGUGUCCAACUCGAGUCGUACAUUGACUUGUUGUGUCCCGACAGCAAGUCCGCGUACCCUGGGCUGAAGAAGCUGGCAGAGCAGUACAAGGCCGAUGACCUGCGGAUUCGGUUCGUGCUGUUCCCGCUGCCGUACCACCAGUACGCUUUCGUGGCGGCUGAAGCUGCCUUCACAAUCACCAUGGCGUUGGGAGACGAACGGUUCAUCGAUUGGCUCGAGGCGGUCUAUGCACGCCAAGACACGUUCCGAAACAGGGCGACACAGGAUCUGAGCCCCGUUCAAGUCGUCGCGCAGCUCAAGAGUCUUGCUCAAGCGACGUUUCCAUCGCUGACACAUGAGCAGUGGGACGCACAAAUGACCGCGUUCGGAGGCACCGACGUGGACGAGCGCGCCCGCGAGUCGUGGAAGUACACGUGCUCGAGGGGAGUGUCCGGUAGCCCCAUGUACACACUGAACGGCGUCCCCUUCCAGGCUGAUGCCGACUGGUCUUUCGAGCAGUGGUUUAACGUUGUUGACCCGCUUGUAAAAGCCAACCGACCGGUACAAGAGUUGCAGGCCGGAACUCAAGCAUGA